AUCUUGAGGAACAUUGUCAGCAGCAACAUUAUAGAACGAGACACCAUUUUCUUACUGAGAUCCUCUCACUUGUUCUUUGUCUCAUGGCUUCGGAGAAAGAAGCUGCUCUUGCAACUACUGCCUCUGAAUCUAAUCCUCCCACUAUGUUUGACAGGAGUAACAUCAAAAGGGAAAAUCCUUCUACUGUAUUUUACGAGGAUGAUGAGGUCCUUGCUUAUAAGGAUAUAGCUCCUGAAGCUCCUCCCCAUAUUAUAAUCAUUCCCAAAGCUAGAGACGGGUUGAAUGGUCUACCUAAGGCUCAAGUCCCGCUGAUUUCAAGCCAAGUUGGGUUGAAGAAUGUUACGCUCGAUGAAUUACUACAAUCAACUAAAAAAGGACGAAGAACUAAGUUUACUCCGGGAGAAGAUAAAGUUCUCAUCCAAGCAUGGCUAAAUGUUCCCAAGAAUGCAGCUGCUGAGGCAAACCAAAGAGUAGAUUCCUUUUGGUUAAGAAUUAAAAACAAUUACAAUAAGCAUCGUGGCCAUUUCAAACCAAGGGGAAAUUCACAAUUAAAAUCACGUUGGCAUAAGGUGAAUAGCAUAGUUCAUAAAUUUGUAGCGUGCUACAAAGCAGCCAAUGAGAAAAAGAAAAGUGGUAGCUCUGAGUCUGACAUCAUGGGAGAUGCAUAUACGCUUUUUUAUCAAGACGAAGGUGACCAGUUCAAGUUAGAGCAUGCAUGGCGAUUGUUGAAAGAUGAGCCUAAAUGGUUAAAUUCAUCGUUUGAAGGAUCUACUAAAAGAACCAAGAUUUCCGCUUCUGGAGCAUACUCGACCACUUCUAAUCUGAACAUGCCAUCAAAUUGUGAAUACAAUGCAGUGUCACCUACCGUGGUUUGUCCAGCAGGGACAGAAGUAGAGAAAAGAAAGGGAACAUCAAAAUCAGAGGAAACAUCGUCUGUGGUUUGUCUGACGGGGACAGAAGUAGAGAAAAGAAAGGGAACAUCAAAAUCAGAGGAAACAUCGUCUGUGGUUUGUCUGACAGGGACAGAAGUAGAGAAAAGAAAGGGAACAUCAAAAUCAGAGGAAACAUCGUCUGUGGUUUGUCCGACGGGGACAGAAGUAGAGAAAAGAAAGGGAAAAUCAAAAUCGGAGGAAACAUCUUCUGCUAAUGUUGAGCUAAUUGAAGUGCAAGAAAUUCCAAAAAAAAAAGUUCUUGUCAUGGCAGAAAUGGCACGCGUCCAGGAUGAACAAAACAAGUUGAAGGAGAAAGAGUUGAAUAUGAAGGAGAGAGAGUUUGAGUUGGAGUUCCUCUUUAAGGAUACAUCCGGGAUGACAGCCAGACAACAACGAGAUCAUGAGAUGUUGUGUAAUGUGAUUAGAGAAAAAUACGGAAUUAUGUAAUGUAGUGAUGCUAAUCAAGGUAGCCAUUGUUCAAAGUAGUAGUAGUAUUUUUCAAACUAGCAGUUCAAACUAGUCUUUCUGUUGUCUCGCAAUAUUUAUUUGUAACAUCUUAGAGGAUUUUCACACCUCUCAA